UGUAGCAGCCCUGUGUGGCUGAUUACAAAUAGUUUGCCAACCCUGGUUGUUGAUCUGAGGCAAAAGUUGCCGUUGAUUUUUUGCUAUUAAUUUACUGAAUUUUAACACAACUUUAAAAAAUAACAUGGCAAAAAUAUUAAAAGCGUCUACGGGAUUAACCGGUCUGGCCGUGGCCACCAAUCCGCACCACACAUUGAGCGCCUUGUACGGGAAGAUUCUGCGUGCAGUUGCCAAAAUGCCACAGGAUGCAAGUUAUCGCAAAAAUACGGAAGUGUUGGUCAAGCAACGAGCUGACGCUGUGGCCAAAAACAAGGAUAUAUUUGCUUUGGAGAAGGCCGUGGGCUGCGGACAGGUGGAGGAGCUCAUUGUGCAGGCGGAAAAUGAAUUAAUACUGGCGCGCAAGAUGCUCGGCUGGAAGCCGUGGGAGAAGCUGGUGCAACCUGUGCCUACCAAGCAAUGGGAUUGGCCACCAGCGCAAAUUCUGGAGCCUAAAGUCUAAACACAUCUCUAGUUUUGUUAUUCUCCCCCUUCGGUUCACAUUGACUUGUUGACAGCAAAAUAAAAAAGCAAAGGCCAAAAAA